UCGGCAGAUGAGGGGUGUGUGUGAUCCGGAUGUUGAUCGUCGCUGCGUGGAUCCGACACCACGCUGCCUGCCUGCCGCCGCAGCAAUGGACGCCUUCGACUUGUUUAAGAAACUCGGAGCCGGGGCAAAAUUUGACUUGAAGAGAUUUGGCCAAGACGCUGCUCGGUUUAAGGUGGCCAGAUCCCAGGGUGGAGAAACCUCGCUCGAUUGCCUAUCUGCGAUCAACUACUUCGGCACAGGCGCAGCUAAUGGAGCCCAGAGCUGGACCGGGGGAGAGGAUGAGGAGGGCAGUGGAGACUCUGAAGGAGGAGGCAAAAGAAAGCGCAAAGAGCAGCAGAGAGAGGCGAGGCAUCAAAACAAGAAGACUAAAAGCCGCCAGGAGAAAGAGGAAGCCAGCGGCGAGCGGCUGAAUGAGACCCGGGGAGGCGGGAUCACCUGGACCUCCUCGCUGGACAGAAAGACCCAAAACCUCCAGGAGGACGGGAAAGAGAAAUCCUCGCUCAAGAGGCUGAAGCAUCUUCAUCAGGAGAAGGUGAAUCGCAUCCGCGCCCAGCACCGUAUAAAUGUGCACGGCUGCGACGUGCCUGACCCGGUGUGCUCGUUUGAGGAGCUUCAGUCCGAGUAUCGUCUCAACCCGCGCGUUCUCCAGAACCUGAGGGAUGCCGGGCUGAGCACGCCGACGGCGAUCCAGAUGCAGGCCAUACCGCUGAUGAUGCACGGUCGGGAGCUGUUGGCGUGCGCUCCUACAGGAUCUGGAAAGACUUUAGCCUUCUCCCUUCCACUGCUAGCCCACCUGCAGCAGCCGGCAAAUCUGGGCUUCAGAGCUCUGGUCAUCUCCCCGACCAGAGAGCUGGCCAGCCAGACCUACAGAGAGCUGCUGCGCCUGUCGGAGGGCGUCGGCUUUAGAGUUCACAUCAUCGAUAAAGCUUCCCUGGCGGCUAAGAAAUACGGCCCACAGUCAAAUAAAAAAUAUGACAUUCUCGUCAGUACUCCAAACAGACUGAUCUACCUUCUGAAUCAGGAUCCUCCAGGAAUCAACCUGAGCAGUGUGGAGUGGCUGGUCGUGGACGAGUCUGACAAGCUGUUCGAGGACGGUAAGGCGGGCUUCAGGGAGCAGCUGGCCACCAUUUUUCUGGCCUGCUCUAACGCUAAGGUGCGGAGGGCCUUCUUCAGCGCCACCUGCACGCCGGAGGUGGAGCAGUGGUGCCGCCUGAACCUCGACAACUUGGUUUCUGUCAACAUCGGACACAGAAACACGGCGGUGGAGACGGUGGAGCAGCGGCUGCUGUUUGUCGGCACGGAGAACGGGAAGCUGGUGGCCAUGAGGGACAUCGUCAAAAAAGGCUUCCUGCCGCCCAUGCUGGUGUUCGUUCAGUCCAUAGAGCGAGCGCGGGAGCUCUUCCACGAGCUGGUGUACGAAGGCAUCAACGUUGACGUGAUCCACGCAGAACGCACGCAGCAGCAGAGGGACAACGUGGUGAACAGCUUUCGCUCCGGUAAGAUCUGGGUGCUGAUCUGCACGGCUCUGCUCGCCAGAGGAAUCGACUUCAAAGGAGUGAACCUGGUGCUGAAUUACGACUUCCCCACCAGCGCCGUGGAGUACAUCCACAGGAUCGGUCGUACGGGCAGAGCGGGACAUCAGGGCAAGGCCAUCACCUUCUUUACAGAAAACGACAAACCUUUGCUGCGCAGCAUCGCCAACGUUAUAAAACAGGCUGGUUGCCCUGUUCCGGACUACAUGACUGGCUUCAAAAAGAUCCACAGCAAAGUAAAGCGAAGACUUGAAAAGAAACCCCCCAAGAGGAGCACCAUUUGCACAACCCCUCGCUUCCUCAUGAAGAAGAAACCCCGAGCAGAGAAAAAGGGACAGAAGAGAGCGGCAAACAGGAACCAGGAAGGAGAAAAAGAGACUCCCGCAGCGCAACAGCAGGACCAGAAAAAGACGAAGGGAGGAAAAGUUCAGAAAGCGGGACAGAAAAAAGGAAAACCCAAAGUAGUUCAGAAAACGGCUGUAAAAUCGUCUGGAGCUAAGUUAAAAAAAAAAAGCAGAUGAAAAAAAAAAAUCAAAGGACAAGAGGAUUGUUGCAAACACACCGAUGGACUUUUUUUCUAAAACAUUUCUGGUUAAUGGUUUCACAAUUUUGCAUUGUAUAAUCAAAGUAAAGAGAACACUUUUCAUACAUUGUUGUUUUCCAGCCUUUUAUUUGUUCAGCCAUUUUGUCAUUAAAGGAAAUUUAUUCUAUUUUAACGUCA